AUGCACAGACGUACACACGCAAAACGACCCGUCAUAUCAGCACCAAUUGGUCCUGUUCAACAUUUGGACGGAUCAGGAUUCAGUGGAACUGAGGCCUUGCAGGGCGGAGCUUGGGUCGAUUACUGCGAGGGCAACCGAAGCUACAUGGCAUGCAACCCGAACUCUUCUUCGGACUCGCUUGCCUCGCGUAAGUCUCGACGGGUCUCUCAGAGCUUCCCGAUUACGGAGCCCCCGUCCGCGAGCCCGACGGUCGUCGAGUCAGACGUCAGCGCUCUUACUCGGAUACAGACAAGUAAUUCUUCCAAGGCGUCGCUGGGCAAGAAGUCAGCCUUCUUGUCGCUUUCGAGAAGGUCGUCGUCGAAGCAAUUCCCCAAGUAUACCCUGGAGGCGCGUCCAGAGUCGGCUGACAAUGCUGAAAACACCCUGCCUUUGAAAGGGCUCGAAAAUGAUGCGGAUUCUUCUAUUCCUAGGUCGAUGAGAAAAUGGCACAAGUCGAAGGCGCUGAAGAUGCUUCAAUUCAAGACGCCGUUUUCGAGAAAGGCCUUGGCCGCCAUCCAGAGUCUCAACCCCGAUCAUCCGCAGCCAGACGAAUCUGAACUGAGUGCUUCGGGUUCGAGAUCCUCUGAGUCGACCCUGGAACCAUUUCCUGGGAGCGAUACUCGCCCAAGCCCUCCUGCCAAUACCGCUCCUAAAAAACCAGAGAGCGAGCCACAGGACGGCAUGUACUGGGCCGGCCGCUGCGGAGGAUAUCGUGAUAGGAUUUUAACCGACAUGCUUAAUAAAGGCUCCUUCGAUGCAUCUUCAUCACCACACAACACCAAUAACCGCUGGAAGACUGGCCCAUCGCUGGCUUCUCCUAAUCGCUUGACCUAUCUCGCUCCGUCAAACACAACAUCAGCUCUACCAACAGUUGCAUACGACCCCAGACCACGUCUACCUGAUGAACGUGAUGUUGACCAACGUGUAUCCAAGCACCUAGAGUCUGAGUGCACUACAAAAGUGGCGCAAGAAUCGUUCAAGGAUUACUACGCUCUUUAUGCAUGCUUCGAAGGUGGAUACGCUCCGUAUGGCAAAGGCCAGAAGAGCGGACUUUUUGCUGGUGUGGUCAAUCGCUUUGAAAGUGACGGCAAACGACGAGAGCCAAAACUCAAGGAGCUGACAAACUCGAGGUCAGGGGCGGUUGGCAUUACUCCUGGCCGAGGAGUGUCAGUAUACUGA